GUCGGUAACAUCACAACGUCACAGGGUGCCUUUUCACGGAGGAGAGGUAUAUCCUUACGCCUUCCGGAGGCUGUAUAAAACUACGGUAGUUACUGACUAGCUCUGUACGACUUAUACAUUAAGCUGCCAUCUGUUAAACAGGCAUUGAAAUGAGACGUAAGACACAACAGGGACCCAUCGCCAGCUAACAGGACUCUUGGAAGACAUUAACUAAAGGAUCUCAUCGAAUAAGGACUCACUUCAAAGACUUUGUGAUUAUUAUUCAACGCUUUUUAACUUUUCAAAGAUGACACAAGGAACAUCCUUAUUGCUGGUUGUGUUUGCCAACUUUUUUGUCGUACAGUGCUAUGGGUCCUAUCUUCCUGGUGCUCUUGGACUGUCCAAGUCGAAUGAGGCCAGUAACUAUAUAGACUCUGUAAUAACGGAAGAGGAGAAGGCCUUCUACGCUAAAGUGAUACAGAGACUGAUGGACCGCGCAGCCGCAUUGGAGGAGGAAGUGGACGGACACAAUGGAGACAAUUUUGACUCUGACGCUGACUUAAGCAGUUCAAGCGAUCUUAGUGGUUUAAAACGCUCUAUGGACAAACGAAAGGUUUUCUGGCAGCCUCUUGGGUAUGUUCCGGCUUCAAUGCGCAUGUCACCAAAUAACAAACAUAAGGCAAGCCAGAAAGACGUAGGGAGGAAAGGUUUCCGCUAUGGUAAAUAGGGGAUCAGGACCACAGUCACAUGGCCUGUACCGUCCUUAUCUCCUCAUGCGUCAAUGUCGUGCACUCAUUACUGUAUUAAACUAUCGAUGAUUUCAUCAAGGC